CCAGAUAGAAAAGAACAAGACAUGGCGAAAACCUACGAUUAUCUGUUCAAACUGCUGCUGAUCGGCGACAGUGGGGUGGGCAAGACGUGUCUACUUUUUCGAUUCAGUGAAGACGCGUUUAACACCACUUUUAUCUCAACUAUAGGAAUUGACUUCAAAAUCAGAACAAUUGAGCUGGAUGGAAAGAAAAUCAAGCUUCAGAUCUGGGAUACAGCCGGGCAAGAAAGGUUUAGAACCAUCACCACUGCAUAUUACAGAGGAGCAAUGGGAAUUAUGCUGGUGUAUGAUAUCACAAAUGAGAAAUCAUUUGACAACAUUAAGAAUUGGAUCAGGAACAUUGAGGAGAAUGCAUCAUCAGAUGUGGAACGGAUGGUUUUGGGGAAUAAAUGUGACAUGAAUGAUAAGAGACAAGUUUCAAAAGAAAGAGGAGAAAAGUUAGCUAUUGAUUAUGGAAUCAAGUUCCUGGAAACCAGUGCAAAAUCCAGCACAAAUGUUGAAGAGGCCUUUGUCACACUUGCUAGAGACAUCAUGACCAGAUUAAAUAGAAAAAUGAAUGAGAAUAACCCUUCAGGAGGCGGAGGAGCAGUGAAAAUCACAGAGAAUCGAUCCAAGAAGCCCAGCUUCUUCCGCUGCACCCUGCUCUAACCCGGCAGCUCCCGCGGCCUCUGUGUGAACGAUGUCAUUUUCCCGUGCGUGCGUGAGCUCAGUAUGUGUGCGUCUGUGUGAGAGUUUACAGUACCAAUGGACUUUCAGCUGUUAGCUGCUGCUGAGAGCUUUGGCCUUCUCAUUUAUACAUAUUUUAAAGGCCUGAAAGAUUAUGGUAGAUAAAGGACUCCUAAAAGUGCCCUUUUAACCAAAAUAUCCAUCAUUCGCACCCUAUACCCCACUCAGUCUGGGUCAAUUUCAGCUUAAUGUAGCCUAAUUCUAAAGAGCUACUUUAUUAUUAUUUUUCCAAAUGAUUAAAGGAAUAGUCUACU